AUGACUGAUGAAUUCAAUCGAUAUUAUAUCAAAAUUCGAGCUAUUUUGGGAAUAGAUUCAAAAACAAUCUUUGACGAACUUACAGAGGCAUUGGGACCUGAUGCUCCAUCAUAUCCAACAGUCAGAGGAUGGGCGAAACGUUUUCGUGAAGGAAGAGACGAUGUCACUGAUGAUCCUCGAUCUGGUCGUCCGAUUUCGGUACUUACAGAUGAAAAUGUUGAACGCGUUCGACAAGUUAUCGAAGAUGAUCCACACUCAACUUAUGAUGAUAUUAUGGGUGAGACUGAUCUAUCACGUGGUACAAUAGAACGAAUUAUUCAUGAUCGUCUAAAGAUGAGAAAAGUUACAUCACGUUGGGUUGCUCAUCAACUUACUGACGAACAAAAACAAAAACGACUUAGAAUUUGUCGUCAAAAUUUAGAGAAAUUUAGAAAUGGAACAUGGCAUUUAUGUGAUGUUAUUACUGGUGAUGAGACAUGGAUUUAUCACAGGCAGAUUGGUCGAAAGUCAAGCAAUGCUACUUGGGUUGGCGAAAAUGAACCACCAAGAACCAUUGUUCGUCGGAAUAGAUUUGAACCUAGAACACUAUUUUGCUUCUUCUUCAAAUCCACUGGUUCUCUUCUCAUACACAAAGUAGAUAAGGACAAGACAAUCGAUCAUGACUACUAUAUUGAUAAUUGUCUUAUACCUGUUAUCAAUGAAAUAAGAAAAAAGGAAAAGUCAUCACGUACUA